UAGAAAUGGCGACGAUGGAUCUCACGAACGAGGUGGUCCGAUUGCGGGCCGAGCUCGAGAAGGUGUCUCAGGAGAGGGACAUGCUCCUCUGUGAGGUGUCCAACUUGAGAAGAGAAUUGGAGUUGAGCGAGCUGAAGAAUCUGCAAGAUGACAGCUUCUCCCAGAAAGUGGAUGAGGAGGAGUCAGGCGGCGGCGUGGCGCUCCACCCUCCAGACGGGUUCUACACGCACCAACACUCCAUCCACAGCCACCAUGGCCACACCGCCGAGCCGGACCGCGGGUACAUGGAGGGCAAUAGAUACGUCACCGCGGUCCACCGGCCUUUGCCGGCUCUAAACCAUUCGAACUCGUCAUGUUCGUCCGCCUCGAACGCGUCGACGGGCGCGGGUCUGUGCGCCGGCGCACAGGAGCCGCCGCCGCCGCUGUACAUCGCCGCGCCGCCGGAGGGAUUCGGGAUGGCCGUUCAUACCAACAGGUCAGUGUGGUGCUCUUCCACCGAUAAGGUCGUUCAUGAUUUUCGGAUGGCAUAUCACUAG